AUGGAAAAUGAAGAGGAAGCUUCGUUGAAUGACCACUCUCAUCUGUACCAUACCUUGGAAUGUGGUGCGGAUGGAAAACCGGGCGGCAUUCUAAUCACUAGUGUUGGUCAACAAGUGCUUCCUCAAGUGUGGAUUGGCGGCUACAAAGCAUAUGAAUCCAGAAGCUUUUUGAACAAAAACCGUAUCACUCGCAUUCUCAGUCUCGGUCACUUUAAACCACUGUAUGCACCGACCGAAUUUGUCCACGAGAUUAUUCCCAUUGCGGAUAAUCCCGAAUCCAACAUUAUUCAGCAUUUUCCAAAGACAUUUGAGUUGAUUGACACUUGGAUCGCUCAAGGUCAGAAUAUCCUCGUUCACUGCCUUGCAGGUGUUUCACGAAGUCCUACCGUGGUCACGGCGUAUUUAAUGAAAAAGCGACAGUUGCAUCCCAAAGCAGCCUUGGCGGUGAUCAAACAAAUGCGACCCUUUGUCAACCCAAAUCCGGGCUUCAUGAAUCAACUUCGACUGUACCAAGAUAUGAACUGCGAAUUUGAUCCCAAUAAUCCCGUUUACAUUGCCUACCACCAAAAACAUCCUUAUGACGCCAGUCAUAUUGGUCACAAAGAAUACGAAAGCGAACGAUGA